AUGGAGCCUCAAGAUGCUGUGAAUGAACAAGGACAAGACAACCAAUCUCAAACAUAUAUGCCUAUAGCUGAUGAUGUUUGUAGGUUGCCAUAUGUAGGGCAAGUUUUCAGUUCUUUAGAAGAGGCAUUUGACUUAUAUGGAUUGUAUGGAUAUUCAUGUGGGUUCGAUGUCCGCAAAGGCACGACCAGGAAAGGCAAAUAUGGUCAGAUAAUAUAUCAAACAUUUGUUUGUAUUAGGGAAGGAAUUAACCCGGGCACCAAUGAUGAGCAUGCAGAGACGCAAUCAAAAACUAAAAAGAGGCGACGUAAACCAUCUACCAGGUGCGAUUGUAGAGCAAAUGUCAUAAUGAAAAGACGGGACAGUGGUGAAUACUAUGUUAGCGUUUUCAAUGAAGCUCACAAUCACGAAUUAAUUUCUGAAGAUUGUCGCCAUUUCAUGAAAUACAAUCGGAAGCUUGAUUCUUCACAUCAACUGUGUGCUAAGGUCAAUAUUGGCCCAAUGCGUGCAUUUAGACUAUUCAAAGAAUUGGUUGGAGGCUAUGAACAUGUGGGGUGCACAAGCAAUGAUUUCAAAAAAAUUUCAUACCAAAUGAACAGUUAUCCGGAUGGCUCCGAUGCUCAGUUGCUGUUGGAAAGAUUAAUCACUAAUCGUGAUCUUGAUGACCAGUUCAAGGUUGAAUACAGCAUGAUAUUUGUACCAUUCACCGGGAAGGACAACCAUGGCGGUUGCGUUACAUUUGCAGCCGGGUUACUAACCAGGGAGGAUGUGCAUUCAUACUCAUGGAUCUUGAAACAAUUUGUCGACUGCAUGGGCCACAGUCCAGCCAUGUUGAUAACAAACCAAGAUCCGGCAUUGAAAAUUGCUGUUGAAAACGUGAUGCCUGAUACAAGACACAGAUGGUGCAUGUGGCACAUAAUGAUGAAGGUAGCACUAAAGCUUCCAAUAUCACUUCGUGAGAAUGCUGAUUUGACGAGCAGAUUAUAUGAAGUGACUUGGUCGGAGUUGGACGAACCUAGCGAGUUUGAAGAAAAGUGGUUAGGGGUCAUAAAUGAAUAUGGUCUGGCAGACAAUUCGUGGUUUUCAGACAUGUUCUCCAAGCGCAAGUAUUGGAUUCCAGCAUAUUUCCAUGAUUUGAGGAUGAGCGGACUUUUCAGAACUACGUCCAUGUCAGAAAGUGAGAAUAGUUUUUUCCGUAAAUAUUUGAAUCGGAAUUCUAACUUGGCUUCUUUCUACAUCCACUAUGAAAGUGCAAUGCAGGCUCAGAGGUAUUCCUACAAACAAUUGUGCAUGACUGGCCAGACAACCACUCCUAAAUUGAAGUCACACAAGCCCAUAGAGCAGCAUGCGAGUCGCAUCUAUACCACGAAUUUUUUUUUGGAUGUGCAGAUAGAGAUCACCGAGGCAUUCAACCGUUGUCGCAUAAAAUCCAUGGACACAGCACACGAAGACCAUAUGUAUGCAGUGGAUGACAGAUCCAAUGGGGUGUCCAAUGUUGCUUAUAAUAUGGUAGCCGAUACCUUCACAUGUUCUUGCAAACUAUUUGUGAAGAAAGGAUUGGUAUGCAGACACAUGUUUGUUGUGAUGCAUAACAUUGGUCUCAAAGCUAUUCCUGAGAAGUACAUUCUUGAUAGGUGGCGGUAG